GACAACAUCUCCAAAAUCAGAAAGAGAGGGAGAGGAUAAGCCAAAAUGACAACACUGCAACUAAUACCAUCACACUGCCGUCCUUCCCUCCUCUCGCCGGGAAAAUCUAUUUCCCGUCACCGGAAAUUCAUUGUUCGAUGCUCAGAUGAACGCCUGACGCUUUUUAGCCGCAUUGCUCCUGUUUACGACAGCGUAUGCAUUCUCAAUCAAUUGUGUUUUCCUUUGAAUGAUUUGCUCAGCUUAGGGCAACACCGUGUUUGGAAGCGCAUGGCCGUGUCCUGGAGCGGUGCAAAGAGAGGGGAUAGUGUGUUGGACAUAUGCUGCGGAAGUGGGGAUUUGGCGUUUCUUUUGUCCGAAAAAGUUGGCCUUGAUGGACAGGUGACCGGUUUGGAUUUUUCGAGGAACCAAUUGUUAGUUGCUUCAUUGCGGCAGAAAGAAAGGUCAACUCCCUGCUACAAAAACAUAGAGUGGUUGGAAGGUGAUGCACUUAAUUUACCAUUCCGUGAUGAUCAUUUUGAUGCCAUCACAAUGGGUUAUGGAUUGAGGAACGUAAGAGAUAAAGAGAGAGCUAUAGAAGAGAUAUAUCGAGUUCUUAAACCAGGAUGCAAGGCUUCAAUCCUCGAUUUUAAUAAAAGCAUGGAACCGAUCACUGGUGUAAUCCAGGAAUUGAUGAUAGACAAUGUCGUUGUUCCUAUUGCUACUAGCUAUGGCCUGGCUGAGGAGUACAGAUAUCUGAAAAGCUCAAUUCAGGAGUUUCUGACAGGAAAGGAAUUGGAGCAGCUAGCUCUUGCGGUUGGGUUUUCAGAUGUCAAAUUUUACGAGAUUGCUGGUGGACUCAUGGGGAAUCUGGUGGCUACUCGCUAAGUGGAUCUGUUCCUUUAGGCUGUUACUCCAUGGAUCUGUCUGUUUGAUGAAAAAAGGGACGUACAUCAGCUAUGUGCAUCAUUCAAUAGUUUAGUAUGAAUUCCUAGCUUCUGUUUCUCCAUGUUAUAUUUUUAUCUGUUUCUAAUACAUAUUGGAUAAAUUUUAAAUGUAAUGAGUUUUAACUUUUAAUGUUAAUAGUAUUACUUUUAUGACUUCA